AUGGCGUCUGCUGGGCUUCUGUUCCUGAUGUUGAUAUCGUCUUCCUUCCUCAUCUCCACCGUCUCUACAUCUGCUAACCAGGACCAACGGCAGAAAAACUCUUCAAAGAAAUUAGAAAAAGUCAAAUAUAUAGUCAAGAACAUCCUUCUAAUUAUUGAAAAGAUCACACGAGCAGUCAGCCCUUUUAUGGCGCUGUUACCAGCUCAUGGGACUCUUGCAAGUGGCAUUUUAAAUGCAAUAGGGAUGGAAGCGUCGAAAAUUAACAGUCAACUAAAUGGUGAUCCAUUACAAGCUUUCAUGAAUGAAUUUAACAAUCUUAAUAUUAAGCUUGACCAAUAUCAUGGAGAGCAGAAGUGGGACAUCUGGGCAAAUACUUACUACAAGCCAGAGCUGAAAAUUAACACAGCGUGGACUAUGUUCAAUACUAUGCUGCGCAGUGUUAGCGAGGCAAAAGAUGUCAAAGAAAAGGAGAGGCAUGAGCAGGAAUUUGUCAAUACCUACUCAAAAUUUGAGCAUGCCACUAAGACCUUACAUAGUAACCUGAUCAAUGACGGACCGUCCUUGGGGCCACGCUUCGGAGAUCUACUGGCUAAACAUGUUAAAUGUCAUGAAAAGAAUAUCAUAGAAUAUACAGUGUUAAUUUAUAAACUUCUCUACAAGGGCAAUAUAAUGAAUAAUUUCUAUUAUAAACUCAGGAAAGUAGAGUCCCAAGCAAGGGUUGAUGAGGAAGCUAAUAUUACAUAUGACACAGCAUCAAUUAUGUUCCAAACCCACAAGGAGUGCAUUAUUAACAGCAUGGAGUACAUUAAAAACGAUGUGAGAACACUCAUCGACAAAACACAAGCACGUUCAGAACUUGCAAAAAAUGUCAGGUCAUUUCUGGUGAAGGAGUAUGACAAGUACGACUGGAUGGUUGUUGCAUUUAUAACAAAAAAAUCGAAUAAACCCUUCGACGCCCUGAACAGUCACGUCCUGACAGGAUUUACUGAGGUGACAAAAGAUGGCAUUAGUGUGGCUGUUGCCAGACAGGUGAAAGGGACUUACACUAAGGCAGAUUUAGUCAAACAAGCCAUUGGCAGGUGCAUUGAUAACUCAGUCCAGUGUCAUGAAGUAGCAAAGAAACUCGAAGGUUGUACUGAAACUAUGGAAGGAAUUCGAGUGUCUAAGACUUACACAGCAGUACAUGCCUAUAUAAAAAAAGCUCAUGACAGUACAAGCAAAGCAACAGAUGAAGACAUUGAAGUCAGUGCUGAUCCUGAAGACAGUUCAGCUCAGACUCCUUUUAUUUAUAAAGGGAAGUGUAAGAAACAUCUAGUUUUGAAAAGCAAAUUUGUUGUUAUGAUUAAAAGUGAUGAAGAAAUAAUGACAGAAAACCCCUGCUCCAAACUGAACUGUGGUGGGGAGGAAAGAGGCAAGUGUGUUAAAGUGGAAGGCAUCUUCCUGGCAAUGUGUGAGUGUAAAAUGCCAUACUAUGGUGAGAACUGUGAGAAUGACAUAGAUCAAUACAAGAGGGAAUUAGAUAUUCAAGUAAAUCGAAAGAAGCCACAAGUGGCAGAUAAGAGGAGAAGGCCUCGCCAGUGAUGCAUUCCGGUGUCAACAAAUUUCAUGAAAUGACUUGAGCUUGUCUUAAACGACACUCAAACCUUUUGGUAAAUUGCUAAAGUUCACGUCUUAUCUAGAUAUUCAGACUGAAUAUAUU